AUGGAAAAAGGCGACAUCUAUAAAGUAACAGAAAAAUUUAGUGAAGGACAAUGGAGAGAAUUCACUAGAUUGAAACUCGGCCUUGAUGAGAAUAAGAUCACUGAUCUAGAAAAUAGAUGGGGAGAUGAUUACCAUGAACGUAAAUUCAAGACGGUUAUGGCUUGGCUAAAUCCAAAUGAGAGCAGUGGAAACCUAAUGAAACGAUUAAUUACCUUAAAGCAUGAAUACUAUUGUGGUGAGCAUGAAGAGGCAACAAGUGGAACACAAAGGGAACAAUCAGCUGAUGAUCUUGCGUAUGUAAGAUACACUGAGAGGUAUAAACUCACAGCAAAAAAAGGAAUCAUUCUGAUCAUAGGCAAUUCGUUUACUGUACAUCAAAAAAAAGAACUUCAUAGAACAUCCACUUGCCAAAGAGAUGUGGAAAGUAUGGAAAAACUGUGGAGAGAUACUAUAGGAUGCACACUGCUUGGAGGGAUGUCUUACACAGACAAAAGUGCAGCUGAGAUGAGAGAUCUACUCAGGAAGCUUGGUAACUCACAAGGGUAUGAUUACGUGGUGGUGGUGAUAAGCACGCAUGGAGGGAUGAUCCCUCAAGAAAUCGAGAAAAAUCAAGAUGAAACAUCAGUUAACGAAAACCCUAGAAGUUCAGAAGAAGUUUUGUUGGGAAAUGACGGGACAGCUAUCAAAGCAAAAGAAAUAGAGUCAUUUUAUGACAAUUACGCUACUCAUAACUUACAAGAUAUACCCAAGCUUUUUAUCCUUCAAUACUGCAGAGGAGGAAAAAAAGAUCACGGUGUGUACAAGCAAAGUGAUGUUACUAGUGACGCUCUCCCAAUUCUUGAUCAAAUUCCAAUUGAUUCACUGAUACCCACAAAAAGUGAUGUCGUCACAGCUUAUCCUACGCAAGUAAACGAAAGGGCAUAUAAAGAUGAGAAAGGAUCUUGGUUUAUUCAGUCCAUUUCUCGUGUCUUUACACGAUUAUACCGAUAUGAGCAUGUCACAGAUAUGCUCACAGAUGUCAAUCUUGAAAUGAUGAACAUGAGAGGUGAAAUAAACAUGAAGGAUUGCAAGGCAAUGAGCAUCUACAAGUCGAGUCUCACUAAACGUUUCUACUUGGUUGAUCCCCUUCUCUCUGUUGGCCUGAUUAGAGCUGAGUAG